GCCAGAUGAACUUGCAAAGUCUGUGGACAUCAUCUUGGCCAUGGAGCCAGACAUUACCAGGAUGGUUUUUGAGAGGCACUUGCGCAAGGCCGGAAUUGAUGAAGAUCAAGCAACCGCAAUCCACGCGGCCCUUCUGACGCGGGUGGUGGAAGC